AGAUCACACACUUUGACAUCGUUCGAUGAGGCAUCUCUUCGUUCGUCUGGAAGGAUGAAGGGAGCCAGAAGUCAAGAACGUCUCAUCGGUGGAAAGAAGCCCAUCAUAAACACGGGACCGAUUUAUGAGCCAGCUCAGCAUCAAACUGCAUUUGUAACCAGAACUUCCCAUCAUCACAUCAUUCCCCAUCAGCAUCAGCACACCCAAAUAAUUCAACAGCCGGCUUAUCAUAUUCACCACCCGAACAUACUGGUUCCAAUGCAUCAGCAUGAACUGGUAGCUCAGCACCCAACCAAUGAGGAACUAAUAUCAAUGAUGCAGGUAAAUCGAGGGGCUGUUGCAGAUAUGGGUGCUGCUGCAAACAUGAGUGGAAUAGUUCCACAAAAGUCUCCAUCGGCUGCAGAAGUUAUUCUUGUGGAGAAAAUCAAGCGGAAUGCAAUGAAGACUCAGGCCACACAAACCGAGGGUUAUGCCGCAGCCAAGAAGGAAGGAGUCCCCUACAAUUUGGCCCUAAGUCCUCGAACUGUACACAGGGUUAAGGUUGUGUCCCAAGGAGCACAAACGAAUGGCAUUUUAAACGGAAGAAAACUAACAAAGAGCUAUUCCGAAUUGAAUAAUGGUCGAACAGCAAGUGCUCAAUCCAAUGACUAUCUAUCAGCUGACAAAAACAAAAUACAAAUUGAUCACGAGCAAUUACAUCGGACUCAAUCUGAAGAGCCUCCUCGAUCGCCAUCGAUGACACUGCAAAAUAACAUUGGUGAAGACCAAACUACCAUUAAGUACUACGAACCACCACCGCCAAUAAACAUAUCGUCCCAUUUGAAAACAGUUAACGCUAAUGACCUAUACAUGAGAGAUUUGCCAAGGAAGCAGUCUCAAGAAAGCGUUUACUCUUUCAGAGCUACAGACAACGAAUCAGCAUUGUCCAUGAGUAGUAGCAGACAUCAUCGGGUACCAGAAAACCAAGCUCAUCAAUCCCAACAUGUCUCUAGAUCUAGAUCGUCUUCGCAGAGCAUUCAUGCAUCGCAAUCGAUUUACGGUCCCGGCUAUGAGGGUUCUUCAAAUGCCGGCAGUGUAACUGACUACGAAGGACCAAAUUUUGAUUUUGAACGAAACAGUUUACCACGCCGAGCUUGUGGCCAACAUAGAUUAGAUGUUGAGUCCUAUACUCAUAGCUUGCCGCGCCGGGAUACAAUGCAAAAUCACGAAAGUUGCCGCCAUAUUACAGAAUGUCCAGAACUUCUCAGUGAAGGAGUUCGAGAAUACAGGGGAGAUGAUCUUUUGGAAAAACUCGAGAUCCAUCGUCAGUCAUGGAGCGAACAACGAAGGUCAUCAAUGACUGGCCAACGGGCAGAUGGAGCAUUUUCGAGAGACUCAUUGCGACGCAAGUCAAUGCCGUUACAGCCGUUCAUAAUACCGUUUCCUGGUGCUCCAACGUCAAUUGUUAGGACAAAGUCUUCCGAGCCAAGGCCAACACCGGUUGUAGUUAGUAAAAAGGAAGAACCCAAGCUGGAACUUGAAGAAGAAAAGGAAAUCUUUAUAGACUUCAAGCCCCAUGCCUCGCCAAAGCCAAGCCCGAAAAUAAAUAAAAAGAAACUCACUAAAACUUCAUCGGAUGGGGAGAUCCUCCUUGAACGAAGGCGAAAUCAAGAAGCCCAAAGAGAAAGCCAUCAUCCUCCGGCAUCAACCAAUCAUGUAUCAUCGAGCACAGCAGAAGAUGAUGAAAGCAGUGAUCACUUGUACCAGAAUCUUCCGAUAAAAAAAGAAAUCGUGGCUGAAAGAAAAUCAGUUCCAACUGUCCUGUCUCCACCACAAAGUACAAAAGAAACAAGCAAAAGGGACAUGUUUCGCAAGAGAUCAAUCAGUUUGGAGGACCCAAACACUACCAACGAUGCGAGACUGGCCAAGUCAGCUCCACCUUCGCCCUGCCUAGAGGAGCUUCUAGCUAAUACCUCAACUUAUCCAUCAUCGGAUUCUCUUGCCAACGAUCUUACAAGGGAUCAUUCUGAUGGGCUUUGGAAUGACUCACAAGUUACUGUUGUCACUGUAGAGCCCCGUGAGGAGAGUAGUGAGAAAGGUUCAACUUCACAUCUUUUGACACCGUCAUCAAAAAGGAAAAACUUGCUACUCCAGCACCAACAACGAAGUUCCAUAGACACUGACUUCAUUGAUUUUGAUGAUCAGAUGUCUGACCACAGUCCAACGUUCUUAGUUCCUCCAAAAUCUAUACCGAUGCAAUCCACGUCGAAAGGUGUGAAAGAUCCAACUAGCAACAGUUUGACUGUGCCGUUCUUGAAACAACCGUCACCGACGAUUGCCGUAACUCCAACUAAGCCCGUUCGGGCUGAGCAUAAGCUUCCAUCUCCAGUAAAUAUCAGGCGACUUUCAAGAACACUUUCUCCGGCUCCAGAUCCAAUUUACGUGUCAAAUAGAUUCCUAGACACAUCUAUUACGGUAACAAGUCAGAUGCCACCAGAGUACCACCUUUAUAGCCGCCGUGAUUCCUCGGUGAAGACCAACAACACCGACCUUUCUGAGUGUAGCACCAACACCGAUGAGUACAUCACGUGCACAGACACUUCAAGACGCACCCCAGGUAUAAAGACUCCACCAACUACAACAAGCUCGUCAUCAACCACACAAGUACCAGUUUCAGCUCAAAGCUCACAGACCGAAAGGACUCAUGAAGGUUCGUCUUUUGAGAGUGCUUCUUCGCUUUAUUCCACACGUGGAGAUGGUCUCUCUGAAGACGCCCCAACAAUUGAUGAACAACUUCCAGGAGCAAUGGGUCAAUCUCCAAUGUCUCCCAAAUCUGAGAUGGUGAAGCAGUCCCCAUCUCAUUCCAUUUGCAGUACUUCUUCGGGAAGCUACAACAUUGCCGGUGGACUAUCGACAACAAUCACGCCGGUUAAGGAAGAAAGUUCACCCAUCCCUAUAACAGUCUCACCUCCAAAAACUGUAACUAUUGCCCCUAGACAAGUUGGGCCACACUCUGCAAAGGCAGUUUCAGCAUCGUCGGGCAAGCAGGGUGCUCAAAUGUCAGCUAAAAAGAAGGCCGAAUCCGUUUCGGAUGAUGAACGCAGUGAAAAACGGUACUCAUCGUCUGGCUACUACGAAAGCCCCCCACACGAUGAAGAUCCUAAGCUUUCAAAACACCGACGUCAUCGAGUCGAAGAAGAUCGCCGUAGAAGGAAGACAUCGAUGAAGCUGGACAUCGAACGUGAGAACCUUCGAGCUCUAACCAGUCCCAUCAAAAAGACCGUUCUUUCGCCAAAAUCUGUAUCUCAGAUUUCGCCAGAAGGCCAGAUAGCAACGAACUCAAACGCCACCGCCAUCGAUGGUGCAAGUCCCAGUAAAAUGAAAAGGUUCCGUCCUAAAAUACGAAGACAAUUCCGCCGAUCAUCGAGGGACGAAUGCACCCCACGCAAACAGAAGGCCAUCAGUGUACCAGGACGUUGUUCGGACUACAAGCCGCCGCAGGAAGCAGCAACAGCCAGCAGUCCUCUGAAAUGUCAGAGCUCUAGCAAUCAGCUAAAAGCUAAAUCCAUUGAAUCGCUGCGGUCCGUUUCACCGGGCUCUGAUUCAGUUUUUUACAGCGAAGCUGAUGGAGGAGGAUUAAUUGAUCAGCAAGUACAUUGUUUACACUGUGGUAAAGAAGUUGAGAUUGUUAAUGCAUCUGGGUCACAGGAAUCCAUACCAGCUAUAGAGCAGGACGAUGAUGAACUGGACAUUGUAAAGCCGCCAGCUGAUUUUGCCGAUUCACCAGUUACAACGAAAACCUCACAACGUUUGUAUAAGAAAAUGGACAAACGGUUCCGUUCUGAAGAGAGACAUGGUGAUCGUGGAAGACACUACAAGAGCCGUCAGGAGAAUAUUAGAGCUAAGAGUGAAGAACGCGGUAAGGACAAUACCUCACAAAGUCCUCCUGUUUUACGACCAGCUGGUUCUAGUCCUUGCGUUUUGCCAAAUGAAACAGUCUCUGUGGAUAGAGAUCAAUGCAUUUAUCGUGGCAGUUAUGAUAAUAGUCGUUAUACACGAUUAACUGACAUUGAUGUGUGGAUUCAGUUGGAUCAUCAAACUUUUGACCGUCAACGGGAUCGCCGAGGAUCAACCGAAUCAGAGAAGAACUUUCAUUCAAAGUAUCAAGUUAUUCUUCAUAGAUUGGUGCAAAGAAGAUGCACUCUGGAAAUGUACCAUAGGCAGAAAACUAACUCAUUUAUUGACAGUCGGGGCAGAAUGUUAGAUCUUAUUUCAAAAACUUCUCCUCCGGAACCGUUUCGAAGGAAACUGGAAGAAGUUUUUAAAUUGAUGUUGGUAGUAUGGGCGCGAGAAGCUCAUGUGUUAUCUAGAUUAGGCUGCAAGACAAAUGAAAUUGAUAAAACUAUUAUUGUUAAAAGUGAUUCUGGAGAAUUUGGUUUCCGAAUACAUGGAUCGAAACCGGUUGUUGUUGCGGCUAUUGAACCAGACACGCCUGCAGAAAGUUCAGGUCUAGAAGUUGGUGAUAUUAUUAUUUCAGUGAAUGGAGUAUCGGUGUUGGACAAACAUCAUACAGAAGUCGUUAAAAUUGCCCAUGCAGGAUGUGAGACUCUGGAAUUGGAAGUGGCUCGAACGAUUGGAGUCCUGAUGAAUGAGAAACAAGAUUCGCCACGUCCUAUUAUUCAAAAAGGUUACCUAUGGCGACAGAGUGGACACGCGAAGGGAAUACCAAAUCCAAAGAAGUGGGUGAGAAGAUGGUUUUGCUUGAGACCGGAUCACUGUUUAUAUUAUUACAAGACUGAAGAUGAUACUCAACCUGUGGGAGCUAUUAUUUUGGCAAAACAUACUAUUGAACGUUGUGACACAAGUGCUGGAAAGCCUUUUGCUUUUAAGAUAGAAGCCGGCGAAGGUAUUCCAAUGUAUCUUGCAGCUGAUACAGAAGACAUUUUGACGCGUUGGAUAACGACUAUGAGGCAUUCAGCCACGCAAGCAGAUCCCUGGUUAGAUAUGAGCUCAAGGAAUUUAAAACUACCGCCUGGUGGAAUUGAUCGUCCUGAUUGUUUUGGUUACCUCAUGAAACUCGGUUCACGUUGGUGCGGUUGGUCCAAGAGAUAUUGUGUUCUCAAGGAUGCAUGCUUGUAUUUCUACCAAGAUGCUAAUAGUAAAGUUGCUUUUGGAAUGGCAUGCCUUCAAGGUUUUAAGGUUGCCUCAAUGUCAACUAAUUCAGCCGGUCGCAAGAAUUCAUUUGAAAUUAUCCCACCAGAGUCAAAACUUCGACACUAUUAUUUCAGUACUGAGUCAGAAAUGGAUAAGAAACGUUGGAUAUCAGCUUUGGAAUAUUCGAUAGAUCGAUGGAUAAAGACCGGGUAACUAGCGGUCAAGUCUAAUGCACACAAAAAGAAACGUCGCAGUAUCAGUAAGUCGAUUUACUGAUAGUAACCUAAGCCACAAGUCAGAAGCCACUAGCCAUAGACACAGAGACACAACAGUCGCAAAAUGAUGAAGUUUUUACAUGUUGUGUCACAUGUUACACUAGCUACGACGAAAUCAAGCUAUCCAUUUUAUUGUUCUCAUUUUUGUUUUUAAUUUGUAUUAUUAUUUUUUAUUUAUAUAAUAGAUGUGUGUAUUUUAAUAUUGUGAACAUAAAAUAAUGAACAAGCAUUGUACAAAGCGUUAAACACAAAUAAUUUUUCUUAAAGAAACAAAAUCACAUAUGAAUAUAUAAAAUGCCUAAAGUUAAAAAACAAAUAUUUUUACUAAAUAAAAAACACGUUAAAUCGAAUAUAUUAGAAACAAAUUAAAUAAAAAUUUAACAAAAUAAAAAAAAAGUUCUAAACAAAGGACCAAUUAUGGUCAAUAAAAAUAAUCCAGGAGGGUCCGUCCUUCGUCCUGGUAAACAAAAUGUCUUAUGCAAAAGUUUAUGUAUACAUUUAGUUAGUUAGAAAUUGUACAAUGUAUUUUUUAAUGCCUCGGUGUGUUAUUAUUAUUAUUAUAUUAGUAUAAAUGUUUAACUAAGUUAUAUAGAGAAAAAGAAACGAAAUAAAAACUGUUCAAAAAAUUCUUUAAA